AAGAAAAGUCCAGUUCAUGCCUUGUUGCUGAAUGUGCUCUAGUUACUCUUAUUGAAUUAAGGACGAGUUGCUGCCGGAUAGUGUUCUUUAUCAACUGCCGCUCUCCUCAAAAGAGCCAUACAUAGUCUAGUGCCUGUGGGGUUGGAUUGGAAAGGAGAGAGAGAGAAGUGAAGGAGCUCAAUUCAAGGAUAGAUCAAGGGUCCUCGAGGCGGUAUUAUGGGUAUAGUAUGGGCUAAGCUAUGGAACCUCUUUGGAAAGGAAGAAUAUAAGAUAAUAAUAGUGGGGCUUGAUAAUGCUGGGAAGACCACCAUAUUGUAUCAAUUUUUAAUGAAUGAAGUUGUGCACACAUCUCCUACCAUUGGGAGCAAUGUGGAGGAAGUAAGAUGGCGUAAUCUUCAUUUUGUGAUGUGGGAUAUUGGCGGGCAGGAGUCCUUGAGACAAGCCUGGAGUACCUAUUACUCUUCGACUCACUUCCUGAUACUAGUUGUUGAUAGCACUGAUAGGGAGAGACUGCAAGUCACCAAAGGAGAGCUUCACCAAAUGUUAGAACAUGAAGACCUAAAGAAGGCAGGUGUAUUGAUAUACGCCAACAAACAGGACGUGAAGGGAUCAAUGGGUGCAACAGAGAUCACUCAACACCUCAAUCUGACAUCAAUAAAAGAACAUGGCUGGCACAUACAACCUUGCUGUGCCCUCACUGGAGAAGGGUUAUAUCAAGGAUUAGAAUGGAUCUCGUCUCAAAUCAACAGAUGAUAAUUUAUAUUAAUGACUCUUUAAAUAUUAAUUUAAAUAAAAUAAUGAAUAAAAUAUUGACACAUCAUGUUAUUAUUUAUUAUUAUUGUUUUGUGACAGCAAUCUUACC